CCAUGUGUUGGAUAAUUCGAGAUCAUAGUUUCAAGUCAACUGCGUUGCUGAAUGAAGAGCAGUCGUGCUACCAUACCGGGUCUGACAGGAGAAAGAGUCCUCGUUUUAUCUUGGGAAAGAUAUAUUACUUGAUAAAUAAGAUAUACAGACAGCGGGGUUAAUUUAAAUUCGAUAUAAAGUCAACAACUUGGAUUUUCAUUGGGGCUCCAUUUUUAAAGCCAGAAUUGUCAAAAUGUUGAGCGUUGCAAGAACAGCUUCAAGGUCUCUCCCCUCUCCAAACUGCUCAAGUGUGUCCUCCUUGAUAAAGAAGGCUUGCUGGAAUGGAUUUCAGCAAGAUGCCCUCAGGUCUGUGGCCAGACGUGACUAUUCAUCAGAGGCAAUCAAAGGAUCAGUGAUUGGGAUUGAUCUGGGUACUACAAACUCCUGUGUGGCUGUUAUGGAGGGAAAACAAGCAAAGGUACUGGAGAAUGCAGAGGGAGCAAGGACAACACCUUCAGUGGUCGCCUUCACAGCUGAUGGCGAGAGACUUGUUGGCAUGCCAGCCAAAAGACAGGCAGUCACCAACCCUAACAACACCCUCUAUGCCACCAAGCGUCUCAUUGGUCGUCGUUACGACGACGCAGAGGUUCAGAAGGACCUGAAGAACGUGCCCUACAAGAUUGUCCGUGCUUCCAAUGGUGAUGCCUGGGUCGAGGCCCAUGGAAAGCUCUACUCCCCCAGCCAGGCUGGUGCCUUCGUGCUGAUGAAGAUGAAGGAGACAGCAGAGAACUACAUGGGUCACAAUGUGAAGAAUGCAGUUGUCACCGUGCCAGCCUACUUCAAUGACUCCCAGAGACAGGCCACAAAGGAUGCUGGUCAGAUUGCUGGGCUGAACGUGCUGCGAGUCAUCAAUGAGCCCACUGCUGCUGCUCUGGCCUACGGUCUGGACAAGACUCAGGACAGAAUCAUUGCAGUCUAUGACCUGGGAGGUGGCACCUUUGACAUCUCUGUCCUUGAGAUCCAGAAGGGCGUGUUUGAGGUGAAGUCCACAAACGGAGACACCUUUUUGGGUGGAGAGGACUUUGACCAGCACCUACUGACCCACAUUGUGAAGGAGUUCAAGAGGGAGUCUGGAGUUGACCUGACCAAAGACAGCAUGGCUCUGCAGAGAGUGAGGGAGGCAGCCGAGAAAGCCAAAUGUGAACUGUCAUCAUCCCUGCAGACCGACAUCAAUCUGCCCUAUCUGACCAUGGAUGCCUCUGGCCCCAAGCACUUGAACAUGAAGAUGACCCGCUCCCAGUUUGAGGGCAUUGUGUCUGACCUGAUCCGCAGGACAGUGGCCCCCUGCCAGAAGGCCAUGCAGGACGCUGAGGUCUCCAAGGGGGACAUCGGAGAGGUGCUGCUGGUCGGUGGCAUGUCCCGUAUGCCCAAGGUCCAGCAGACAGUCCAAGACCUGUUUGGCCGUGCUCCCAGCAAGUCAGUCAACCCAGAUGAGGCUGUGGCCAUUGGAGCUGCCAUCCAGGGAGGCGUGCUGGCUGGAGAUGUUACUGAUGUGCUCCUUCUGGAUGUCACACCACUGUCUCUCGGUAUCGAGACCCUUGGAGGGGUGUUCACCAAACUCAUCAACAGGAACACAACCAUUCCCACCAAGAAGGGCCAGGUGUUCUCAACAGCAGCUGAUGGUCAGUCCCAGGUGGAGAUCAAGGUGUGCCAAGGGGAGAGGGAGAUGGCAGCAGACAACAAGAUCCUGGGACAGUUCACUCUGGUUGGAAUCCCCCCUGCCCCACGUGGAGUACCCCAGAUCGAGGUCUGCUUCGACAUUGACGCCAAUGGAAUCGUCCACGUCUCUGCCAAAGACAAGGGCACAGGCCGCGAACAGCAGAUUGUUAUCCAGUCCUCUGGUGGCCUCAGCAAGGACGACAUUGAAAACAUGGUUAAGAACGCAGAGAAGUAUGCAGAGGAGGACCGGAGGCGGAAGGACCGUGUUGAGGCUGUUAACCAGGCCGAGGGCAUCGUCCAUGACACUGAAUCCAAGAUGGAGGAGUUCAAGGAUCAGCUCCCUGCUGAUGAGUGCAACAAACUGAAGGAAGAGAUUGCCAAAGUGAGAGACUUGCUGUCACGGAAGGAUGAAGAGACUGGCGAAAACAUCAAACAGGCUGCCACCACCCUUCAGCAGGCUUCACUCAAACUCUUCGAAAUGGCUUACAAGAAGAUGGCAUCAGAGAGGGAAGGUAGCAACGGUGGCUCUGGAUCGUCAGAAGGUGGAGCUGGAGAGAAGAAGGAAGGCCAGCAGUAAAACCUUUGCACUUGUGGUUGUCUGGAGACAUGGACUGAUGGGCUUGGGAGUGUAGACCUGUUGUCCUGGUGGCGUUCUAGUCAUUCUCACAUACUGUGUUUUUGCAGUAAAAAGUAUACGGUAUAUGUCAUUGAGUACAUUUACAUGCACAGUAAUAAUUUGAUAUUAAACAGAUUAUGGCAGUAGGCAGAUUAGUCAUGUAAACACCUUACUCGAAGUAAACAUACGCUGAUUAAAACACCAGGACAUGUAAACAUUUGUAAUUGGCGAAAUGAGAGUUCGGAAACAACUGAAUGUGUGCGUCUUAGAAUUCGUUUUCACAUACAAACUAUAUGUCCAAAUUCGGAAUCAUAUAUGCGGUGGUAGAAUAUUUUGAUUGCCGAUUUUCUGCAUUUUUCAGAGUGCCAUCGGGUAGCCUGAUUUCAUGUGUCCAUGUAAACGUGAUUAUUAUGGAAAUCGUUCUUCUUGCAAACCUUGUAAAUGUUUAAAUUGAACUAUUAUAUUAAUCUGACUAUCCAGAAUAAUCUCAUUAGUGUGUGCAUGUAACCAUACUCAGUGUAUGUUCCUCCACCCCUUUGUAAUUUAAUUGUGAAAGACUAUAUAUCCUGUCCAUUUUAAGAAACAUGUAUUUGCUUCUGUUGUGAAGUAGUGAACUGUUUAUAGCAAUUGUGUUAGUCUGACUGUGAUGCCAUUUUGGGUUUCAUUUUUCCAUGUAGCUCUGCUUGUCUGUUCAACUGACUGGACAACAGUGGACUUGCAAUAGAAGAAGCUUGGCUUUUCUCUAGCUCCAUUCUGUUUAUCUGGUAUAUCUGCUCUAUGAAAACAGUUGGCAUAUGUACUGUGAUAUGAGUAAAGUCAUGCGUGUGUGUGGUUAAAGAUGUAUAAUACGACAAUACAACUGCAGGGUUUUAUUUCUAUUCUUAGACAUUUUGAAUCUUUAUUUGUUAUUCCAUUCAGUACAGAGGAGUAAGAAGUCACUCAUUCUUCUUGACUUUGUCAUGGGUAUAAGCUGAGAGAAUGAUUAGAAGCUACCAUGCAUACAAAUAGAUUUUGAUUUUGCCAUAACUAUUGUAUGAUGUUUGAGCUGCUGCCUAUCUGACAGAAAUAGUUGGCAGCAGUAGUCUGUGAAAAGGAGAAAAUAACCAGUCUGGUAUGAUGUGGAUUUAUUGUCAAAUUGGAGAUUGGUUUGAUAUUUGGGUUCUCAAUUACUGUUGCUAACUUUCCUAAUAAAAUUCUAAAUUUCAA